AUGGCGACAGGUGCCCUCUCUGGUGAGGCUUUUACAAUCCGACAGAAACUGAUGUCAGCAGUGGGUCACCAGCAGCUGUGCUGGAGCCACCGGCGAAAAUUCGGCCAGGGUUCUCGAUCUUGUCGCAUCUGUACAAACCGGCACGGUCUGAUCCGGAAAUAUGGCCUCAAUAUGUGCUGCCAGUGUUUCCGUCAGUACACGAAGGGUAUCGGUUUCAUUAAGUUGGACUAAAUGAUCUUCCUUCAUAGGAUUAUCCAAGGCA